AUGGCUGAGCCUACGGAAAGGGACCUAGAGUCUGCUGCUGCUCAGGAUGUCAAUAAUGCGGGGAAUCAUCAUGGAAGUAGUGGGCCCGACGUCGCCGAGGUCGACUAUUCCGUCUUCACGGAGACGCAGCGUCGAUAUAUUGUUUUCAUGGCCUCGUGGGCCGGCUUCUUCUCGCCGGUUUCGUCUCAGAUCUACUUCCCGGCCUUGAAUACCUUGGCCAAGGAUCUACAUGUCACAGGUUCAUUAAUCAACUUGACCCUUACGAGCUACAUGAUCUUCCAAGGUCUUUCGCCCAUGUUCAUUGGCGACUUCGCCGACAACGCAGGACGACGACCAGCGUACGUUGUAUGCUUCACUCUCUACAUCGCAGCCAACAUUGCUCUAGCUCUACAGAGCAACUACGCAGCCCUCUUCGUGCUAAGAUGUCUUCAAAGCGCCGGAAUCAGCACAACCAUUGCCCUCUCCGCAGGCGUGGUAUCCGACGUGGCCACGGCAUCCCAGCGCGGCUCAUAUAUGGGCUUCGUCACGGCGGGGUCACUCCUCGGGCCCUCCAUCGGACCAGUGAUCGGAGGCCUACUAUCGCAGUAUCUGGGAUGGAGAGCCAUAUUUUGGUUCCUCGCCAUUUUCUCAGGAACGUUUAUGGUUCCAUUCCUGAUUUUCUUCCCGGAGACCGCUCGCGGAGUCGUUGGGGAUGGGUCACUGCCUCCUCAGAAAUGGAAUAUGUCCUUGAUCAGCUAUCUCAAGUCCCGCAAAGCUCGUGAAGAGGGUAUCACACCUGGCUCGUCCAAGAAGAAACUCUCCUUCCCCAAUCCUUUCCAGACGCUCUCCAUUGUCUUCCAGAAGGAUACGAGCAUUAUUCUAUUUUCCAACGCAUUGCUAUUCGCCGGGUUUUACGACGUCAGCGCCUCCAUACCAUCCAUCUACCGCGACCUAUACGGCUUAGACGACCUCCAAAUCGGUCUAUGCUACAUCCCCUUUGGUGUAGGCGCCACCAUCGCCUCAAUCGGCAACGGCAAGUUCCUCGAUUUUAACUACAGACGCAUCGCCAAGGGUCUAAACUUCCCCCUUGUGAAAAACCGACACACCGACCUCCGGAACUUCCCUAUCGAAAAAGCACGGCUGGAGAUCGCCUUCCCGCUCCUGACGAUCGGGAGCCUGAGCAUCCUUGUCUUCGGCUGGCUCUUGAAUUUCGGAAUCCAUCUCGCCGCGCCAACAGCCAUCCUGUUCAUCAUGGGCCUGGCCCUGACCGGGUCGUUCAAUACUGUCAGCACGCUUUUGAUUGACCUCUACCCGGAGCAGGCGGCCAAAGCUACCGCCGCUAAUAACUUUAUGCGCUGUUUGCUGGGUGCGGGAGCUACGGCCUUGAUCGAUCCCAUGCUCAAUGCUAUGGGGAGGGGCUGGUGCUAUACUUUUAUUGCAUUUGUCAUGCUGGGCACGUCGCCGCUUCUGUUGUUAGUAAUUCGGCAUGGACCGAGAUGGCGCGAGGAGCGGAGGGUGAAGCUGGAGGCUAAGAAUGGUGGGAGCGAUACCCAGGUUCAUAAUGUGCAGUCAGAGAAAAGGUGA